UAGGUCCGGGGAAGGGUUUUGCAGACGUACCGGGAACUGUUUGCAAGGUUUCCUCAGGAUUGUGGGUGUUUCGCAGCGGCGGGUCCCGGGAACCAAGGAAACAGAGCUCUUUCUAGGCUCGCGAGAGGGCCCCCUUCUCCCACGGCUGCUGGGCUCCCCCAGUAGCAAUGGCUCCGGUGUCCGGCUCGCGCAGCCCGGAUGGGGAGGUCUCGGGUUCGGGAGGAAGACGUCGCAGUUCGUCGAAGAGUCCGAAGCCCAGCAAAUCUGCCCGCUCCCCGCGGGGCCGCCGCUCUCGCUCGCACUCUUGCUCUCGGUCCGGGGACCGGAAUGGACUCAACCAUCAGCUAGGUGCCCUCAGCCAAGGCUCCCGAAACCAAUCCUACCGCUCACGCUCGCGGUCGCGUUCUCGAGAGCGGCCCUCUGCGCCCCGGGGCAUCCCCUUCGCUUCUGCCUCCUCGUCAGUCUAUUAUGGCAGCUACUCGCGCCCCUACGGGAGCGACAAGCCUUGGCCUAGCCUCCUCGACAAGGAGAGGGAGGAGAGCCUGCGGCAGAAGAGAUUAAGUGAGAGAGAGAGAAUUGGAGAAUUGGGAGCUCCUGAAGUAUGGGGACUUUCUCCAAAGAAUCCUGAACCAGAUUCUGAUGAACAUACACCAGUAGAGGAUGAAGAGCCAAAGAAAAGCACUACUUCAGCUUCUACUUCAGAAGAAGAAAGAAAGAAGAAGAAGAAGUCUAGCCAUUCAAAAGAAAGGUUCAAGAAAAGGAGAAAGAAAAAAUCAUCAAAAAGAAAACACAAGAAGUAUUCUGAAGAUAGCGACAGUGACUCUGAUUCUGAAACAGACUCCAGUGAUGAAAAUAACAAAAGGAGAGCAAAGAAAGCCAAGAAAAAGGAAAAGAAGAGGAAACACAGAUCGAAGAAAUAUAAGAAAAAGAGGUCUAAGAAGAGCAGAAAAGAGUCCAGUGAUUCAAGCUCUAAGGAAUCCCAAGAAGAGUUUCUGGAGAAUCCCUGGAAGGAUCGAACAAAGACUGAAGAACCUUCAGAUUUAAUUGGCCCAGAGGCUCCAAAAACACUUACCUCUCAAGAUGAUAAACCUUUGAACUAUGGCCAUGCCCUAUUACCUGGUGAAGGUGCAGCUAUGGCUGAAUAUGUAAAAGCUGGAAAACGUAUCCCACGAAGAGGUGAAAUUGGCUUGACAAGUGAAGAAAUUGCAUCAUUUGAAUGCUCAGGUUAUGUAAUGAGCGGUAGCAGGCAUCGCCGAAUGGAGGCUGUGCGACUACGAAAAGAAAACCAGAUCUAUAGUGCUGAUGAGAAGAGAGCCCUUGCAUCCUUUAACCAAGAAGAGAGACGAAAGAGAGAGAACAAGAUUCUGGCCAGUUUUCGAGAAAUGGUUUACAGAAAGACCAAAGGGAAAGAUGACAAAUAAGGAUUUUUUGAUUGUCCAGAAGACACUUUUAACAACAAAAACGAAAGUCUGGUUUCCACACAUACAUACAAAAAGAUUGUCAUGCUCUGAGAAAGCUUUACAUUGCUACUGUGCCUUCUAUUUAAUUCUUUCAGUCCUUCAGUAAAAAGCUGCUUAUUGAUAGAACUUUAACAAGUUCUUUGGGUUAUUUUGGAUUGACCAUAAUAACUUUCUGGUUUAAAAAUCCAAAUUAGGCCGGGCACGGUGGCUCAAGCCUAUAAUCCCAGCACUUUGGGAGGCCGAGGCGGGUGUAUCAUGAGGUCAAGAGAUGGAGACCAUCCUGGUCAACAUGGUGAACCCCGUCUCUACUAAAAAUACAAAAAAUUAGCCGGGCAUGGUGGCGCGUGCCUGUAAUCCCAGCUACUCAGGAGGCUGAGGCAGGAGAAUUGCCUGAACCCAGGAGGUAGAGGUUGUGGUGAGCUGAGAUCGCGCCAUUGCACUCUAGCCUGGGUAACGAGCAAAACUCCGUCUCAAAAAAAAAAAUAAUAAAUAAAAUAAAAAAAUAAAAAUCCAAAUUAUGAACUGGGUGCGGCGGCUCACACCUGUUAAUCCCAGCACUUUGAGAGGCUGAGGUGGGUGGAUCACCUGAGGUCAGGAGUUUAAGACCAACCUGGCCAACAUGGUGAAACCCUAUCUCUACCAAAAAAAUACAAAAAUUAGCCAGGCGUGGUGGUGGGCGUCUGUAAUCCCAGCUACUUGGGAGGCUAAGGCAGGAGAAUGGCUUGAAUCCUGGAGGCAGAGGUUACAGUGAGCUGAGAUUGUACCACUGCACUCCAGCCUGGGUGACAAGAGCGAAACUCCAUCUCAAAAAAAAAAAAAAAUCCAAAUUAUGAGUACAAUUCUGUAUUGGAGGAGGUGGCAUGGACAAAAAGUGUUAGUGAGAUGAGAAACUUCAGUCUCACACCAUGAAACACUGCUACCGUUAGCUAUAUGUGAUGCCUGCCCCACCCCCACCUCUACCCCAACUGAACUUUUGGGAAAUUAUCACUCCUCUGUGUUGAAUGUGUUAUAAAUGGACUUCAUAGAAACGUAUGGGGGUCCACUUUUGUUAACAAAAUGACGGCAUUGCUGCAAAAAGCAAAUCUGGAAUUUGAAAACUGACUUGUAUACUACAAUAUGUGAUCUGUCCUGAAAAUAAUAGAUUUUAAGUCCCUACCUCCACUCUAAAAUUAACAAACACACCAAAAAGCAAACGAACUCACAGACUUUUUGAAUUGAAAUAUGAACAUUAGCUUUUUAAAAUUCUUAAUAAGUUACUUAAAAAUGGUUCUUUCAAAUAUAAAGUCUUGAGAAGUCUACUCUUAUGCCCAUUUAAGUACUUUAUUUCAACCUGAGCUGAUCUGAGUUUGAGGAUAGGAUAACAUCAAAAAGAAUAGGAGUCAACUAUGGUCAAGAGUUCUGAUAAGGAAAAAUAUAAUGAGUCAGUAUUUUAGCUUAACUGUUUUAUAAGGAUGAAACUAAAAUGAUAUUAAAUAUUUUUAACUGUGUUUUAUGUACUAAGCAGAUUUCAUUUUAAAACGUUGUUAAACCUUUCAGUUUAUUUUUUUAACAUCUGUCAUCAGUUUAAUCCUUAAUGUAUAGAACCUCCUUACUUUAUUACUUUUUAAGUUGGGAAGAAAUGGAAAGUUGUGGGACUAUGAUUUCAUGAUCUUUUUCAUUCGCUUAUUUUGUUCAGUUUUAAUUAGAUCAGAAGAGUGAAUUGGGGAGGGAACCCUGGAAGUUUUGGCUGUUUUUGUUAACGUUGGUUUUCUGUUUUUUGUUUUUUGAGACAGAGUCUCACUGUCACUCAGGCUAGAGUGCAGUGGUACAAUCUCAGCUCUCUGCAACCUCCACCUCCUGGGUUCAAGUGAUCCUCCCACCUCAGCCUCCCGAGUAGCUGUGAUUACAGGCAUUCGCCACCAUGCCCGGCUGAUUUUUGUAUUUUCAGUAGAGAUGGGGUUUUGCCAUCUUGGCCAGGCUGGUCUCAAACUCCUGACCUCAAGUGAUCUGCCCACCUCAGCCUCCCAAAAUGCUGGGAUUACAGCUGUGAGCUGCCAUGACUGGCCAUUUUUGUUAAGGUUGUUUGAUCUGCAUUAUUAUUACAUGCCUAUGGUAAAUUUAAAUUACCUGGGUGAUAAGAAAAUUCUGAUUAUACUGUUAUAAAAUGCCCUCUUGCCUUAUAUUUUUAAGUGGUUGUUUUUCAAAAGUAUUUAAAUAAGGCAGUCAUAUUUCAAAGUAUAGAGUAAAAGUUGUAUUGUUACUAUUUGAGACAGGGUCUCCCUCUGUCACCCAGACUAGAGUGCAGUGGUGCGAUCUUGGCUCAUUGUAGCCUCUGUCUCCCUGGCUCAAGUGAUCCUCCACCUCAGCCUCCCAAGCAGCUGGGACUACCAGCACACACCACCAUGCCCAGCUAAUUUUUUUAUUUUUAGUAGAGACAGAGUUUCACCUUGUUGCCCAGGCUGGUCUUGAACUCUUGAGUUUAAGCAUUCCACCUGCCUCAGCCUCCCAAAAUGCUGGGAUUAUAGGCAUGAGUCACCACACCCAGCCAAAAGUUUUAUUACUAAAUGGUAUUAACAGUCUUAAAUACUAUUAAAUAUAUGUUCCAGGAAAUGUCUACUUUUAACUUACAACUACUGAACUAAAGAGUCAGCAUGUAGCAACAUUUAUGACCUCUGAAUUUGAAAUUAUUUGUUUAUUUAUACCUAAUCAUAGUUGCUGCCUAGCCUAAUAAAUCUAUAAUUUCCAAAAGUUAAAAACAAACUAGUUCCCAGAGUUUUGAGUCUCAAUCCAUCUACUUCCCUGUAUAAUAAAACCUGAAUUUUGUAAUACCCACUUACAAAUUUUAUUCUCGGCUGGGCAUGGUGGCUCACACCUGUAAUCCCAGCACUUUGGGAGGACCAGGCUGGUGGAUUACAAGGUCAGGUGUUUGAGACCAGCCUGGCGAACAUAGUGAAACACCGUUUCUACUAAAAAUACAAAAAAUUGGCUGGACAUGGUGGCUUACGCCUGUAAUCUUAGCACUUUGGGAGGCCAAGGUGGGUGGAUCACCUGAGGUCAGGAGUUCAAGACCAGCCUAGCCAUCAUGGUGAAACCCCAUCUUUAAAAAAAAAAAAUUAGCUGCACAUUGUGGCAGGCGCCUAUAAUCCCACCUACUCGGGAGGCUGAGGCAGGAGAAUUGCUUGAAUAAUCCCAGCUACUCAGGAGGUUGAGGCAGGAGGCCAAGGUUGCAGUGAGCUGAGAUCAUGCCACUGCACUCCAACCCCAGGCAACAGUGCAAGACUCUGUCUCAAAAAAAAAAAAUUUAUUCUCUUUGUUUUUUCUUGGUUACGUUCCUAGAGACAGAAUGAUUCAGUAGGCAAGGUAGUUUAAAUGCAGAAAUUUUGUGAUGUUUGAAUAUUGUGAUAUCAAGAACAGCUUCAAUGGCCUAUUUUUGGGAAAGAGGCAGGAAGAAUGAAAAGGCUAAAUGUAUUUUAUUUUCAGCUCAUGAGUGUUGUUACUGCUUCAAAUUGUGUUUAGUCACCUGAGCCAUAAAUCAGUUGUAGGGCUAUUGUAUUUUAAAUAUAUUUUUUGUUCUCCAAGGAGACUUACCUAGUUUGCCACCUCCUUGCCCAUUGCUCUGAUAGGGUUUUCCCUCCUUUUUUAUUUAUUGUACAAAUAUAGCAGUAAAAGAAAAGAAAAAUUUCA